UUAAAAUGACAAAUUCAAGGUGUGGGUGUGAAUAAGUUCUGCAACUCUUUACAGAGAUGGUCCGGUGGAGGUUGGCUCUUGUGCUGGCAAUGCUACUGAUACUGCCGCCCAAGAUCGGCUCCAAAUCGGAAGAUGACGAUGAAGAAGAGCGUAGCAGCGAAGACAAUGAAGAAGACGAUGACGAUGAUGACGAGGAAGAAGAUGAAACUGACUCUGAAAAAUCUGGAACGGCAGGUGGAGGAGCAGGAGGUAGCGGAGGUGCUGGAGGAGUAGGGCCGUCACCACCUGAAAGAAGCGAUAGGGGGGUUGGUGAUAACCAAGUUACAGGAGGUCCUGCUAUCGCUCGCCGCCCUCCUCAAUCACCGACUGCCAAAAACCCCGGAGCGGGUGCCACGCGAACGGCCAAGAAACGACCAUUAGAAUGCUAUGUCUGUGCAUAUAAGUCAGAAACUCCACUCAGAGCUUGUUUGGAUCCCACUAAAUUCAGAGUACACACGAUAACAUGUCACAGCGUGGAGGACAGGUGCUUUACGUCGGUGAUAUCGAAGGGUGAAACUUAUGAAGCAGUGGUACGCGGUUGUCGGUCUGGUUGCGUCGGAUCACCAGAGACAACAUGCUGUGAGUUAAACCGCUGCAACAAUCAAGCUUUCGCCAUGCCGCUCAUCCAGCAGCGAGCGAUGACUGAAGUUAGCAAAACUAGCAAAUUACAUCCUACAAAUGUGUUAUUUUUCGUCACUAUCCUCUUGGUACUCCAAACUGUCGUUAAAGUCGCCAUCGUAUAGGCUAUUGAGAACCCUCUCUACGAUGUUCACAAAAUAAAUCAUUUUCUCGAUACAAAAGUUUUUAAAACAACAGAAGUUUCGAUAACAGAAGUUUUGAUAGACUACCUCUUAAUAACAAAUUAGAAACAUCGUGACUUGUCGAAAUUUAAGACACUUAAUAAAUUUCGAAAAAUUAUGACACAUACUGCAAUUGCUUGACACGAUAGUGGUCUAUUGUUACACUUCACUACUACUCCAAAUAAAGUCUGUUUCUGAGAUAAAUAGCAUCUUAGAUAAUUUGUAACAUCGGAGUCAGUAAAUUUCGAAAAAUUGUGACACAUACUGCAAUUUCUUGACACGAUAGUGGUCGAUUGUUACACAUCACUACUAC